AACUGGUGACAGCUGAAAGUCGACAGGACUGGAACGCGUCGGAUUUUUAUAUCUCGUUCAAGGAAUGUGUUAUUCAUGAAGAAAAACUCAGAAGAAAUGGAGGAACCAGAUUUUAAUGUGUUGAACCUUGCUCAGGUUGCAAGCUCAAAUUUGACUGUUGCAAGUAUUCACACCAUCGGUACCGUGAGCAUGAGCAGUGCUAACCUUACACCUCUACCUCAGAAAAAGUUGUUCUACUCCAGGGAAGCUUCUGUUACAGGAACAGACCUCUUGCCGAUUUGUAGGAUCUGUCAACUUCCAGGAGAUAUAGCUGAUCCGCUUUUCUCUCCAUGUAGAUGCUCUGGGACAUUAGGCUUCAUUCAUUACACUUGUUUAAAGAGGUGGAUUGAUAUAUCAACCAGAAAAACGAAGAAGCAACCACGCUGUGAACUUUGCCACUACCAGUUUCACAGACACAAGCGUUUCAAGUUCAAGAACUGGAGGUGGCCAAAAGUGAACACACGAGACAAGAUACUCCAUAUCAUAUUCUUUUUGAAUCUCCUCAUAAUGAUUGGCUGUGCAAUAGCCACAGUGAUGUGCUUUUUAUCGGACAAAGGGCAGAUAACCAAGUUUCCCAAGAACAAGGUGGAGCUUACAUUGGAGGAGAUCAUCACUCUGGCAUGUGGUGUCAUGUUUUUUGUGGCUUUCUUCAUUGCAAUGACAGUAGAAAUAAAGGCCAAGCAUACAGUCUACAAAUUAUGCAUGAAGUUCAUAGUGCAUAACACAGAGUGGAAUGUUGACUCAUACGACCGUAGCAAGGACUCUGGGCUCAAGGUGGCUCCUCAAUAUGUCUGAUGACAGACUGACUCAAACAUGUCUACAAGGCUUGUUUCUCUCAAUGUAAUGACUAAUGAAUGUCUCCUGAAGAAAAAAACUCAAGGUUAUAUUUGGUAGUCAAUAGAACAUGUAUAUCAGUAUUAUCUAAAAACAAGAGCAUAAAUUAUCCUGAUUCACUAAUCUGCAAAAGGAACAAAAUAUGUCAUAUCAGGUACUAUUGGUAAUGAAGUAACAAAAAAAUGAGAAUCAAUCAACCAUGCAGAAUAUAUUCUUUUUGAAUUGAAGGGAGAGUUUAUUAUAAUGAAAAUGAAGUAUUGGAUCAGACAUAUAUUUUGAUGAACUUUGAGAAAAUCAAUUGGUGCAAGAAAGUGAAAGUGAAAUAUAGCUGUUUAGCUGUUCAAUGUCAUGAGUUAACUAGGACUUGUAUGUCUGAGGAAGGAGGUGAUGAGUACAAAUUCUUUUCUUGAAUUUAAUGGAAGAAUUGUAUUAAAAUCUUGGGAAAGUGCAGGCAAAUGCUAUUCAAUGUUUUGGGCACAUGAAGACAUGUCACACUACUAUGUCAAUAUGUCACACUACUAUGUCAAUUUUAAUUUAGAAUAUAACAUAAUGUGAUACAAGUAUUGCUGAUCCCAUUGUUUAAAUUUCUUUCAGCCAAUAGAGAACGAUGCAUCAAUACUGGUAAUUACAAAAUUAUAUCUGGUGUAUUCAAUGCUAAACAAAAUGAUCAUACAUAACUAAUUACAACACAGAACCAUUAAACAUGUCAAACUAGCUGUUAUCAAUUACAACACAGAACCAUGAAACAUGUCAAACUAGCUGUUAUCAAUUACAACACAGAACCAUUAAACAUGUCAAACUAGCUGUUAUCAAUUACAACACAGAACCAUUAAACAUGUCAAACUAGCUGUUAUCAAUUACAACACAGAACCAUUUAACGUGUCAAACUAGCUGUUAUCAAUUACAACACAGAACCAUUAAACAUGUCAAACUACCUGUUAUCAAUUACAACACAGAACCAUGAAACAUGUCAAACUAGCUGUUAUCAAUUGCAACACAGUUCCAUUAAACAUGUCAAACUAGAUGACCUGGAGAGCCUUUAUUUGAGGGUUGGUGUGAUUGUCUGGUUGGACCUGUUAUGAUAGUAAUAUGUACCUAAAACACUGAAUAAAAUUGCUUAUAAACAUUGGAAGAUUUUAGGGGAAAUUUUCUACCUUUAUGUGCCUUGACAUUGAAAGUAAAAAUCAUGUUUUAUUUCUUUCUUUUUCUGUUGAAUAAAUGAAUAAGAUUUAAUCAUAUAUGUGUCAUGUUUCACAAAAAAGUAAAAACUUUGAAGUUUGUAUCUCAUCUUAUUCUGCCACAGCAACUGUGUUAUUGGGUCACAUUUUAAUUACUUUUAUAGCAUUUUCUUUCCUAACCCUCAGCGUUCAUUCGUUUGAAAUACUCUUUAGUAUUGUUUUCUCCUGCAAAUGAUUAUAUUUUCACAUUUCAUUGAUAUCCGUUUAUAUAUACUGUCACCAUUAAAAUUAUGAAUACCAGUAUCUGGUUGGUUUUUAGGAGCUCUUUCACCUAUUCAUGCUUUGAAGAUAUGGAUAUUAGCUCUCUGAAAAUUAUUUUUGAACAAAAUGUAACUUUUAUCAACCAUAAAAUCUGGUGGAAUCUUGGCCGUCCAUGCUAUAUAUAUUGCCUAGCCAUUUGUAGAGCUUGCACAUUUUUCUAAGCUGAGAAGACUAUGUUAUGAGUAGAAACUAAAAGGAAUAUAUAUACAGUGGGAUGUUUUCUAACAGCGAAAAUUGAUCUCUGUAUUGUACUGGUAUUCAACCAUCUAUUUUGAUAUGGUUGGAUUAAACCUACCCAGUAUAACCUGUUUUUAUCUGUACUACUUUUUGAAUGACUGUCAAUUAUGUGUUGCUGAAUAACUGUGAUAUUUGCGUAAGUGUGAGGUUGUUGCGGGAGGUCAGUGAUUGAUUGUGAAGUACUUUAUUAUGAAAGGUUAGUUAAGGGAAUUUUCUAAAGGGCAAUUGUUUUCUGAUGGACUUUUUAUUUCUUUUUAAUAUUGUUUGUUAUGAAGAGAAUAAAUUGAAAUCAUGAAAAAUGUAAACAAAGUGAGCAUUUCUUCCUCCUUGUAGGUACAGCUUCUAUAUGCUCCAAUAUUCUAUGUAUAUGUGCACCUUACUUUGUAGAAGCCUACUUGGGCAGUCCCUCUGUCACCAUUGUCAAGGGAUCACGUCAUUUUUUUUUCUUUUUUGAUCAAACUAAUUUAGGCCCGUGCUAUCCUCAUGAGUGACAUGUCAGUUAAAAUAGGCUUGACAUUGACAGUGAUAAUAUAUCUUAUGAUAUGGUCA